GUCAGUUGGUGACGUGUCGGUUUGUUUUGAGCCUGCUGCUGCGGGGCAGACAUGGCGGCGGACAUCACGCUGCUGUUCAGGGCCAGCGUGAAGACGGUGAAGACCCGCAACAAGGCGAUCGGAGUCGGCUUUGACUCGUCGCCCAGAGAUGAGAUCUUCAAGAGGAGCAGAGCCAAGAGCAGCUUCUCCCCGAAGGCCAAGGAAGUGAUCUCGAACAUCACCAAGCUCAAAGACUUUCUGCUGCAGCACCGGAAAGAUUACGUGAGCGCGGGAAGCCUCAUCUCGUCGGAUCUGACCCGCAUGACGGACAACGAGCGGGACCAGAUCGACCAGGACGCCCAGAUCUUCAUGAGGACCUGCUCCGAGGCCAUCAGGCAGCUGCGCCUCGAAGCAGAGAAGCAGGUGACGUCGGCCCAGAUCAAGAAGCACCGAGGGGCCGUGCUGGACCUCAUAGAGGUCUACCUGAGAGGAGUCUGUAAGCUGUACUCUGAGCAGAGAGCCGUCCGCGUGAAGAGGACGGUGGACAAGAAGAGGCUGUCCCGGCUGGAGCCGGAGCACCGCGGCAAGGUGCCCAGGAUGGAGGAGACUGUGAAGGAGGAAAGUCCUGAGAGGAGCGUGUCGGAGGUCCCGGACCGCCCCGUGGGCCUGUGGGACCCGGAGGGCCGAGCGGAGGACGAGCUCUCGCCGGAGGAGGUCCAGAUGUUCGAGCAGGAGAACCAGAGGCUGGUGGGGGAGAUGAACAGCCUGGUGGACGAAGUGAGGCAGAUCGAGGGCAAGGUGGUGGAGAUCUCUCGCCUGCAGGAGGUCUUUGCUGAGAAGGUCCUGCAGCAGGAAACGGAUAUCGGCAGCAUCCAUCAGCUGGUGGUGGGCGCCACGGAGAACGUCAAGGAGGGAAACGAGGACAUCCGAGAGGCGAUCAAAAACAACGCGGGCUUCCGGGUCUGGAUCCUGUUCUUCCUGGUCAUGUGCUCCUUCUCGCUGCUCUUCCUGGAUUGGUACGACAGCUAACGGGCCGCGAGGACUCGCCUGGAGGAACCCGUCUUCCCGUGGAGAGCUGAGGGCCUGUGAGCGGCGCCGGGCGGCUCCUCCCCCGACCACCACUAUCUGACCUCGUUGGCCCAGAGCUUAAACAGAGCUCCUUCAUGGAGGAGCGCGUCCGCUUCCAACGCCUCCGUCUGGCUGAAGGAGACGUCGCGUCCCGCCUGAGGGAGGCUGCUCCGACGAGCCGCCUCAUGUUUAGAGAGAUGCUGCAUGAUGACACGCUUAUUAUUAAUAUGAUGAGUGGAUAUCCAUCAUAACUGUACUGACACGUUCUAGUAAAACCGAGCAGUCGUCUUCA